AAAAAAUUGGUCCUUCUUAAAGUAUGCAGGCGGCUAGAGAAAGGCUCGGAUUUCCCACCCUUAGCCUAAUGCGGUCAGCCAAACUCCUCAGGACUUACAGGAGACCUCGGGGUGUUAUACUUUAUAGUUGUUGUUCAUUCCCACUAUCCAGCAGUUGCGUUGUUGUCAAGAACAAGUCCCCCGGAUAUCCUCGCUCUCACAUCCAAGAUGGCUACCACAACGAUCGCGUCGGCCGCCCAGUCGACGUCGACGUUCGUGCCUUACCAUGAACCUCCUCCGGGCGUGACGUCGAAUCCCGAUCAUCCAGAGUCGCUUGUUAAACAGACCGACAUUACUAUCGGGAUAGCCCUGCCCAUGGUUACCAUUUUUUAUUUUGCCCGUGUUUACGCACGGGCCGUCAUCAAGCGUUCCUGGAUAGUUGAAGACUGGCUCACUACAGUAACAUGGGCCGGUAUAGUAUCAUACUGUGUAGUGAUGAGAUUUGUCAUGGCAAAUCAUGGCGGCCAACAUGUUUGGGAUAUCACUGCCGAACAGGCCAAAGACGCUGCAUACUGGUUCAAUGUCGCAUCGGUCCUCUACGGCGUCUUCAUUUUGUUUACCAAAUUAAGCGUCCUAUGGCUCUACCGACGAGUCUUCUCGCCCAUGAAAUGGAGCCCCUUAGACAUUAUAAUCGUCUCGCUCAUUGUGAUAAUGGUUGGCUUCUACGUCAGCACCACACUCGUCAAAAUUUUAGAAUGCAUACCAAGAGCAAAAAUAUUCGACAAAAAUAUACCCGGAACAUGUGUCAACGUUUCGGCCCUUUUGAAUGCCAGCGGUCUAUUCAAUACCAUUACCGACUAUAUAAUUCUUCUUUUGCCUAUACACUCAGCCUUGAGGCUUAAGCUGAAUAGAACGAAAAAGCUCCUUGUUAUUGCGGUGUUCACCUUUGGUCUCUGCGCGCCUAUCUUUAGUACGGUGGGAUUUGUUGUUCGAAUCAGAGUCAGCGACAGUCCGGAUACCACUUGGAACCAACCAGACAUUCUUCUUUGGGGAUGCGCCGAGUUGACCUCGGGUUUUUUAGUAGUGUGCUUCCCAGAAAUGUCAUUCCUUCUCAACCGUCGUUCACGAAAGCAACUCUACCCACGACGACCGACAAACAGUGUGUUAGACGGAUCGUCCUCAGCUGCUGCUCAAUCGCGUUCUCGGUCCCGAAAAAUGGGAAGUCAUAUGGGCAGUCAUAUGGGUACUCACCGGGAUGACCUUGGAUAUUACGAACUUGACGACGACCUUGUUUAUGGUGUGCGAGUGAGCCCUUCUGCAAGCAACUCGAGAUUACAUGAGCCGGCGCAGGGUACGGUGCAAGUUCACCAUGAGAUUACGAUACAGUCGAACAAGAAAGAAGAAUUUGUACAGGUGCAUGGAGUAUAAAAGACACUUGACUUGGAUGCCGAUUUUUUUCCAACUUAUGAUGAAACGGGCUUUGGGAUUGUUCUAGUAAAUAUUUCUAAUUAUUUGAUACCUAUGUAUUCUAAUU